AUGGCAGUAGUUGAUGCCAAUUUGAGUUUUAUUUACAUUGAUGUAGGAUCUUACGGUAAAGAAUCAGAUUCUAAUAUUUUUAAGGAAACCUUUGUUUUUGUUGGUGAUGGGGCAUUUGCCCUUCACACAAAUCUAUUAAGGCCGUAUCCACAACGAGGACUCAACGACGAACGUAGAAUUUUUAAUUACCGUUUGUCCAGAGCUAGACGCACUGUAGAAUGUGCUUUUGGAGUACUUGCCAACAAAUGGCGAGUAUUACAUACUACUAUUUUAGUAAGUCCCAAAUUUGUCGACGAUAUAGUAAAAUCCUGUUGUGUCUUACAUAACUUUGUCCGAAAAAGAGAUGGAUAUAAUUUUGAAGAUAUGGAAAGUGAAUGCAAUUUAGACGACAUCGAGGUAAGAGGAACGGGUUCUCGGUCCAAUGGGAUUGAAAUACGAGAAGCGUAUGCGGAAUAUUUUGUACAUGAAGGUGCCGUGCCAUUUCAAAAUCGCGUACUUUAA